AUGGAUUCAGAACACUUAACAGAUGAGGAAGAACUUGAUAUUAAACAAAAAUUCAUUGAUGCAGAUAGUAUAAUCAAAACAACAACAUUAAAAUCCUUAUCAAUGGUUCAAAAUAAAUACUAUAGCACAUUAAUUGAUGUACAAGAAAUAGCAAAGAGUCUUGAAGGUAUUACCUCUAUUUCAAAAGGAAGUUUAACUAUUGAAAUCCCAUCUGAAUAUUGA